AUGGCCGAAACUGACCUACCUGAAGAUGUUAUGGUGAAUAUUCUGUGUUGGUUGCCCGUGAAAUCCUUGAUCAGGUUCACCUCCGUUUUGAAACGAAGGUGUUUCAUCAUCUUAUCAGACCCCAAAUUCGCCGCAUCUCAAUUCAAAGCAGCUCGUCAGCAGAAAACCCUAGGUCGCAGACUCAUUUUCUCCACCGACGCCCCUCAACUCGAAUCAGUAGACUUGGAUGAUACACCACCGUAUGGCAGAAAGCUCAGCUUCCCUUUCGAGCAAACGGAGGACAUUGAUGUCAAGCUACUCGGCUCCUGCAAUGGGUUGGUGUUUGUAGCCGUUGAUGAUACCAACUUCUACAUCUGGAAUCCAUCAACCGGAGUCUCCAUGCAGUUCCCUGAGCCAGGUUUUUAUGACGCUAAAGGACUUCAAUGUUAUGGUGUUGGCUAUGUGUCUGCCACCGAUGACUACAAAGUUUUCGCAGCUGCAUACCACAUGGAGGAAGAGGAAGAUGUGAUGAAGAUGUUCUCGUUGAGAACCAACGUUUGGAAAGCAAUCCAACAUCCUGGUCAGGAAGCCGGUUCUACGGCAACACUUUUGAAUUUGACACUUCAUUGGGUGAGCUGGAAAGUAAUUCUUGCUUUUGAUUUGGCACAGGAGGAGUUCACGACUAUGCGUCUGCCUGUUAAUGCCCAACCAGAUUAUGAUGUAGAUAUUUUCCCCGAUCUUAUUGGGGUCUCUAAGGGAUGCCUGUGUAUAAGUGUUCAUGCGAGGAGAGUUGGUGGCUCUGUCGAUUUCUGGGUCAUGAGAGAGUAUGGAGUCUAUGACUCGUGGACUAGCUAUACAUAUACUCCCGCCGACGGCCUAGGCCUGUACCUACGUUUCUUGGUCUUUGAAAGUUGUACAGUUGCUGUAAAAAAAGGUGGGAGUCAUACCAGGUUGUUGUUGGUAAAGAUUGAUCAGGAACAAGAAACGGAACUUGGCAUGUAUAUGCAUCAAGGCUACUGGCAUUACGGGUUUGACAUGAUUCCACAUGAAGAUAAUCUACUUUGGAUUACUGAUGUGGCUGUACAAGAACAACGGAGUGUGUCAGCAACUGCAACUGGAUCCACUGUUGGUGACUCGUCACCUCUUGAUGAUGGAUUGCUUCCAAAGGAAGGGCCUGAUCAUGAGGAUAAGUUCGAGUCUCUGGGUCUCCAAAUCCAGCGUAUCCCUUUAGAAGUUGAACCUGGAAGCCUACCUAUGAGUCCAUCAUUAGCAGAAACAGAGUUCCACCUUGAAGAUGAUAUCAUGGAGGUUCCUAGUACUGUUGAGCACCAAUACAUACCAAGCUUCAUAAGAGGUUCCCCACAACCUAAAAUGAAUCAGAUGGAUGGAACAGUUUCUGAGAAUCUGCCGUCAUUAAGGAAUGGCUGCGACGAAGUUGUUUGUUUUUCGCUGCAGUUGGAUAACAAUGAGGCCAAGAGACGACGUUCGGAUACUUCAAUAUAA